CCUGACCAAAAAGUCAAAAUGUCUAUUAAUGGCAUUUAUGCAGAGGAUAGUGAAGGUAAAUUUAUACCAGCCACUCAGCGUCCUGAUGGGACAUGGCGGAAACCUCGAAGAGUGAAAGAUGGAUAUAUCCCGCAAGAAGAAGUACCUUUAUAUGAAAGCAAAGGUAAGCAAUUUGCUUCUCGAAAACCGCUGUUACCUGUUGGAAUGUCUCCAGAAGUUGCAUUGGCUUCUAAAAAUAAAAAAGUUGGCCCAAAUGCCCAUUGCCCAAUACCAGGUUUGGUUAUAUUGGAAGAUAAGACUAAAAAGAAAAAAAGAAAAAAGAGGACCGUUGAUAAAUUGGCAUCAGAUCUAGCACAAACAAAAGUUAAUGAUACUCCAGCUGCUGACCCUGUUAAAAGGCUGAAAAAUCUUAAGAAAAAAAUUAGAGAAAUAGAAUCAAUUGAAGCUAGAUUAUUAUCAGGAGAAUUAAAAAGUCCUGAAAAAGAUCAAUUAGACAAAGUUGCUAGGAAACUAGAUAUAUUGUAUGAAAUAAAAGAAAUUGAGAAGAAUCU